AUGUCGUCCCGUUUCAUCUCUGGCGGAGCCAUUGAUCCAUCAAGCGGCGAGCGCAUCGAAGCCGCUCCGGCAGACAACGAGCGGCCCGUUGGGAAAAACACCGCCGAGUGGGAAGCGGUGCAGAAGGAAGUUGAGGAACAGAGGAAGCGGAGGGAAGAGGUGAGGAGGCAGGAAGAGGCCGGGGAGCAAAAGAGUUUGUAUGAUAUAUUACAAGCAAAUAAAGCCGCCAAACAAGCUGCUUUUGAGGAAAAGACAAAGAUACGGAACCAAUUUCGGGCGCUGGACGAUGACGAGAUUGACUUUUUGGACGAGGUGCGCGCGUCGAAGAGGGCGGAAGAGGAAAGGCUUAGGAGGGAGACUGAAGAAGGGUUGAAGGUCUUUCGGGAGGCUCAGAAGAGUGGUUCUAAGGAGGAAGAGGAGGAUGCGAUAGAGAUCGGGGAAGAUUGGGAGGUGGGUAGGAAGAGGAAGAGGGCGAAGGAGAAGGAUAGCCUUGUUAAGGGUGUUAGGAGGAGGGUUAGCGGAUCAGAGGAAGUGGUCAAGGCGAAGGAGAUUAGGGAAGGGCCCAAGGCACCGGUGGUCGGGGAUAAACGCAAGACGGAGGAAGAGGCGAAGAAGGCGGUGCCGAGUGCUCCAGCGAAGCCAAAGCUUGGCGGACUUGUAGAUUAUGGGUCUGAUGACGAUGACGAUGAAUGA